AUGAUCUUUCUCAAAACAGUCUAUACAGUCCUUUUUGCUUGGUUGAUUUUCCGUGUGGUUCGUCUCACAAAUGAAGAUCGUAAGACAUUAUUUUACUCGUCUACAAACAUUCUAACUUCUCCUUGUUAUUCUCAAGCCCGUCGUAUGAGAAAAGAUUCGACGUCACUAUCUAUUCUUCGAACUGUUCGAAAUGCAUCUGCCUUACUACAAAGAUCGUCUUUACCACUGAUGUUGGUCCUCUUGGCAAACGACGUGCAACUAAAUCCAGGUCCUUCCAAUCCCAUUCCUGCUAAGCCGUGUAAAACUAAUCCUAGCGAUCUUAAAGUCCUUUACUUAAACGCCCGAAGUUUGAAGUCUUUCGUCCCUGCUGACAAUGACACUUCAAAUAAAGUUUGCAAAAUAACCUUACUGCAGGAGUUGGUUCACGGUGGUGAAUAUGAAGUUGUCUGUAUUUGUGAAACUUGGUUGAACAGUACGAUCCUUGAUACGGAACUGCUCCCAGGUUUCAAUAUUUUUCGUCGGGACAGGACGGGGAGAAUUGGCGGUGGAGUUCUAAUCGCGAUUAAAGAAAACCUACAUGCUACUCGGCGUUGUGACCUCGAAAGAGAUGGCAUUGAACUUGCUGUAGUUCAACUCAAUAAUGGGAACAAUGAACCAGUAAUUCUUUAUGUGUAUUACCGUCCCCCCAACUCCUCUCCUGAUGCCGGUCUCAAUCUUCUAAACAACUCCAUAGCAAGUAACCCGGAGUCAUGUUGCAUAAUCCUAGUUGGUGACUUUAAUAUUCCUUCUAUCUCCUGGUCAGACAGCCCAUCAACUCCUAUUAACACUGGUGGAUGCUCCAAUGGUGAAAACCUUUGUGAACUUAUCGACGAUAAUUUUCUGUAUCAGUUCGUUGAUGGCCCAACCCACCGUGCUGGAAAUAAGCUUGAUUUGCUGUUUUGUAAUCGUACCGAAACCCUGUCCGACGUACUAACUCUCUCCUGUGAUGAACAUAACUUUCCGUCUGAUCACUAUACUAUUGAAUUCCUUAUUCGCACAAAGUUCAGAAAAGCAAAACCUGUGCGGCGAACAGUCUAUGAUUGCAACCGAGCUAACUUUCCCGAACUUUGUAAAGCCUUGUCUCAAACAGAUCUUCGUGUAUCUCUUUCCGACAACAUUGAUGAUUGUUGGAAACAUUGGAAGGACUUAUUUUUAUCAGUUGUGUCAAGAUAUGUUCCGACCAAAGUUGUUAAGAAUACCAACUCUCCUCCCUGGAUCGAUGGAGAAGUUCGCCAUCUAAUCCGAAAAAAGUACACCGCCUUACGUAAAUAUCGCUUGAAGAAAACGCCUGAACGUAAAGUUAAACUCCGGACAUUGUGUCAGCAAGUCAAGAAUGUUAUUCGAAAGAAACAUAAAAAGUAUUUGGACAAAAUUGAAAUUUCAUUUAAAGAAAAUCCGAAAUUGUUUUGGAAUUACCAUAAAGCGGCACUCCACCACCGUUCAGCAUUGAAUCCUGUCAUGUUACACAACGAUGAGACAGCGACGACCCCAAAACAAAAAGCAGAACUUUUUAAUUCAUACUUUUGCUCCGUUUUUCGACCACUUAAAGCUUUACCUAUCACUGAUGAUUCACAUGUCUUACUGUCGCCUGUGGAACAAUUGUCUGAUAUGACUGUCUCGGAAGAAGAAGUUGCCCAUCAUCUUGCACACUUGGAUCCAACUAAGGCAACAGGCCCCGAUGGUAUUCCUGCUCGGGUAUUGAGGGAAUGCAGUUUUGCCAUUGUCCCAAGUCUUUGCUCACUCUUUAAUCAUUCAUUACAUACUGGUACUGUUCCAUCUGAAUGGAAAUCAGCUGAUGUUUCACCAAUUCAUAAGAAAGAUAAGAAAGAACUAGCUAUCAACUACCGUCCAAUUUCACUGCUAUCUAUCAUCAGCAAAGUCUUGGAGCGAUGCGUUUGUAAUCGUUUCUACGAACAUAUCCGAGAUUCGAUUAACGAAGCUCAGCAUGGAUUUCUUCAUGGCCGUUCUUGUACUACACAGCUUCUGUCAACGUUACAUCGUAUUGGACAAUUGCUUGACAAAAAUACGCAGACGGACAUUCUAUUUCUUGACUUCGCUAAAGCCUUCGACUCAGUGGAUCAUGCCAUUCUCCUAAGAAAGCUGAAAGAUUACGGUAUCUCAGGAGACCUUUACAGAUGGUUCUCUGACUACCUGCAUAACCGUACCCAGCGAGUUGUUGUAGAGGGUGCUGCUUCGUCAUGGUCCCCUGUCACUUCUGGCGUUCCACAGGGAAGCAUCUUGGGUCCAAUGCUUUUGUUACUCUUCAUCAACGAUCUUCCUGAUGUUAUUCCUGAAUCUACAUCAACAGGACUGUAUGCUGAUGAUACCAAAUUAUAUAGAGAAAUCUCAACUCCAGAGGAUUGUUCACAGUUACAAGAAGCUUUGUCGUGUGCGGAUGUUUGGAGUAAGGAUAACAACAUCAACUUUAAUCCCUCAAAAUGUAAAAUAUUGACAUUCUCCCGCCGUAAAACACCUUUUCUUUUCGAAUAUUAUCUGGGAUCAUCCGAAUUGAAGCGUGUGAAUGAUGAAGUUGAUCUGGGAAUCACAGUGACCAGUAACCUUUCAUGGACAACCCAUAUCAACAAAAUAAAAGUCAAGGCGAACAGGUUGCUGGGUUUGCUUAGAAGAACAUGCCCCUUGUUAACAGACCGCAGUAUCCGGCGCACUCUGUAUCUUUCGCUCGUCAAGUCGCAAUUAUGCUAUGCCACAGAGGUUUGGUCUCCCUCCCAAAAUAAUAACAAAUUAUAUCUGGAGCAAGUCAAAAGGCGUGCAACAAGAUGGAUCCUUCAAUCGAAGAAAGGUGACAUGACCUACAAGGACAGAUUGCUGGCUCUGAAUCUUUUACCACUGGUGUUUGACAGGGAAAUUAAGGAUCUGACAUUUAUGUUUAAAACUUUGCAUGGUUUUUAUGAUUUGGAUGUUUUCAAUUUUGUGUCAUUUGUUAAUCAUAGUCGUACCCGUAAUUGUAAUAAUCCUUCUCUAGUGCUUAAAGUUCCGUCAUGUAAAAGUAGCACUUUUCAGACAUCGUUCUUUAACCGUAUUGUUCCACUCUGGAAUCAUACUUGCAAAAUUGCUUCUCCUAGAGAUCUUCGCAGUUUGGCAACGUUUAAAUCCUUCUUAUCAAGAACAUACUUCAAUUUAUUAAGUAGUAGUUUUGAUGUGGACAUGUGCUGUACGUGGUCUUUAUAUCGUAGCUGUUCAUGCCAUAGAAAUAGUUAAUUCUGAUGUAAACAUAUACCAGCUCCUCGUGUCAGGGUUUGUUUUAUCCUGAUUCAGUUUUCUAAUUUUUAACAUGAUUAUACAAAUCUGUAUUAUGUAUGAUAACUUAAAUGUGGUGCAAUAUCGUCCUAAUUUGAUUUAAUUAAUCAGCUGGUAUAUGUUUACCAAUUUAUAAUUUUUUUGUAAAUAAUGAUAUUAGAUGUAAACAAAAUUCAAGAGGGAGAGUGCCUCGCAUGGGUCUUGAGUCCCGUUCGCACUCUUGCCGUUUGAACAUCGUUCAAUAAAGCUGUUAAAACUAAAAAAAACAAACUAAAUAGUAUAGAUGCUGUAAGGAGAUUUUGGAGUGCAUUGGCAAAUUUACGUUCGAGGGCAAGGACGCAGAAUGCAUCACGCAGCACUGGGAUUAUACAGUAGUCACCUAUCGAACAGUACUAGAGACUGCAGGGGCUUUUCUUUCUGAUAAGUCAGGGAAAAAGUAUCAUAAACCAACAAGCAGAACCCAAGAUGGGCAAAAUGAGUAAGUCAAACUAUCAAUGUAAUUAAAUAUCACUAUUUCUUGUCUUGUAUAUAUUUGUAUUCUAAACGAUAUCUUGUAUUCUUUGUUAUACAGUAUGUCUAUUUAUGUUUUUAUAUGUAUAUAUUAGUACUAAUAGGUAAUAAUAGGGACUUGACUUAGCCUUGGGUAGGAAAAUCUUAUAUAUAUUCCAACCAUACAUAACUAACUUCUUUAGUAUUUGCAAACAUGAAAUUAACGACCCGCUGCUUGAUUAUUUAGAUAUCUUCGAACAGUACUUCCAGCUUGUCUGUAUAAUGAAAUAAGGAAGCGAUUUUCAUCCUCAAGCACCACUGGAUACAAACAAUCACAGCAGAGAACUUGAUUUACGGUUUAAAGGAUUUUUAAAAUAAUGGGCCAUUUCAUGUAAUGUGUGCACCCCUCCCCCCUAUUGAAGGCUCUGGAAGUCCUAUGGGGAGGGAGAGGUUAAUAUUGGUAAUUUCCGAGAGGCUAAAUCAGUCGGCCCCUUUGUUUUUCGAACAACAUUGGCCACUUUCCAAGGGGGGAAUGUGUCUACACUUUGAUGUUCAAUUUCCUAUUAAGGGGGUAAAAUUUUUAAGGACCCCUCAAUAGGGGGGGGGGGGCGGGGGCGGGGUGCACACAUUAAAUGGAAUGGCGCAAUGUAUUUAUUUCCUAUAAUUUGUUGGUGAAUAUGAAUUUUCUUUUCAUACAUGCAUGUGAAUGUUUUCUUUAAUUGCUAAACAUUUUGUUGUUGACCAGCCGUAUUUGAUUGACACGUGCUUUUUUGAUGCCCUUUCAUUGGCUCCCCACAUUUUGUGCAACAAGAAGUCUUGCAUUUUUGCUUGUUGGUAGAUCUUGAUUUUUCUCUCAGUUGGUCUUGGUGUUGAGUUUCAACUAAACAAAGCAUAA